UGAGCCUGUCACCAUGACCGCCACACCUGGGCAGGCCCUGGGCACCCUCCUGCCCACCCUUCUGCUGGGACUCACAGCUGGGCAGCCCUUCAUCUCUCUGACGGGCCCGUCUCAGAGGACAACCCCUGGAGAUUCGGUGCUUUUCAACUGUACUGCCGGCCCCUUCGGCUCCCAGGACUUCAACGUCACCUGGUUGAAGGACAGCUAUGAACUCCCAGCCUCAGCUCAGCACCCGGUGACUGAUGAGCAAGGCAAUUUCUCCAUCACCAGCAAGGCAUGGGUGACACUGGCCCAACAAGACGUCUCAGCCAAGGUCGCCUGCAACGUCACCCACAGGACCCUGAAGGAUCCCCUACAAGCGACCAUGAAUCUCUCCCAAGUGCUCCGAGUGAUCCCCACUGUGAGGAUCACCACCCAGGCCUCUGGGACGCACGUCCGCGUGCAAGAGAGAGUGAACCUCACCUGCCACGCCAGCCACUUCUACCCCGCCUCCCACCUGCAUCUCACCUGGAUGGAGAACGGGCACACGAUCCAGACCGUGAAAUCCCCCCGGGUCACUGGAAACCCCGACGGGACGUACUCGCUGGAGCACACGCGGCAGGCGGAGGCCACGCUGGAGGGGAGCGAGUUUGCCUGCUGGAUCGUCCAGGACGAGCAGCCCCCAGUCAAGGCCAACGUCACCCUGCGAGCUCAGACGCCCAGGCGCGUGCAAGGCAGGCGCCCCCACCCUUACAGCUUGCAAGGCCCCCCGCAGCGAUCUGAGCCCGGCACCAGCAUCCGACUGACCUACACAACGUCCGGGUUCUCCACACGUCACGUGACUGUGACCUGGCUUAAAAACAAGCACGAGCUCCCCAAGUCCCAGACCAGCGUCCGCCAUAGUGGACACACCUACAAUGUGACAAGUAGUGUGCUGGUCCCGCUGAAGAAUGAGGAUGUGUCCUCCUACGUUGUGUGCCUCGUCGAGCACAAUUCAACACUGUUUUUCCAGAAAACCAUCAGCCUGGACCAGUACCUCCGUGUUCCCCCUGCAGUGACAGUGUCCCAGUCUUCCACCUCCUCCAGCUUGGUGCUGGCUACCUGCCACGUGCAGAGAUUCUAUCCACAGAGUGUGCAGCUCAUCUGGCUGGAGGACUGCCAUAUGCUCAAAGGAACUGAGCAACCCACAUCCAAGAAGAAUGACGAUGGUUCCUACACCCUGGAAGCCUUGCUGCUGGUGAACGCGUCGGUGCAGGGGGCCGAGCGGGUGCUCACCUGCGUGGUGCAGCAGGAGACGCAGCCUCCCAUCCGGGCCAGCCUCAUACUGUCCACGGCAGCCCAUGCCACAUAUAAGUCCGUUGGGAGCCCAGGUCCAGAGAUGCCUGCCCUUAUCUUUGUGGCUUUCCUCCUGGGCCUCAAGGUGCUGCUAGUGUUAAGUACCACAGUGACCUACAUCUACAGGAAGUAGAACCUGUUACAGCUCCUGCAUGCUCUGUGACGUUGCCUCGGCCCUCUCCAGGGGGCUCCUCGCCAAAGGGCUCAAGUAGGGUGAAGAGGCUGCAAAGACCUGGAGGUCACUCAGGACCCCUGCCCUUCACUCUGUCACUGCCACCCCACGGCAGGCACAGCGUCCUCCGCACACCCCCCUCACGUCCCUUCCGUCGGAGCUUUGGAACUGAGUCAGGGAUGGACUUUGGUUACGCAGGAUGCAAGGAUGUCUCGACCCUGAUAUACAGAGCUGCAAAUCGGCCCUGCCUCCACCCAAGACAGAAUCAAGCGGGUCAAGAAAGGAAGUUUCCAUCCUGCUCUUGAUCAUUAAUACUCCUUAAUUUUCAGAGCAGUUUUUACCUUAUUCAGGGCUUUUGCAAGCCUGAUUUCAUUUUAACACAUACAUUUUGAAAUCGCCAGUAAGUUGAGUAAGCAUUUUUUUUCUUCUGAAAUGGAUUCAAAAGAAUAUUAAAAAAUCCACGGAUCUACCCUCCUAUCUUUGCAAAAUGGUAACAUUUUGCUAUUAUGUU